AUGCGCUUUAGUCUUGCAACAUUUACGUUGUUAGGUCUUUUUCCCUUUGCCUUUGCCAGAAGCCCUGAGCAUCGACCUACCAAACCAAAAUUUCCCCCUGGACCUCCUCCUAAAAUUUCAUGCACUUUGUCAGCUAGUGGUGGAGACGAUGCGCCCAACUUCUUGAAGGCUGUGAACGCGUGUCCGACUGUGACUAUUCCAAAAUCAACUACUUUGAACAUUGAAACGAGGUUGAAUAUGACCGGACUGCGCAACAAACAUAUCAGCCUCGAAGGUACAAUCAAAUUCAGCCCAGACAUUCCAUAUUGGAGUGGGAAUGGAUUCUUUAUCCCUUUCCAAACGCAAAUUACCUUCUGGUUGCUUGGAGGAGAAAACAUAUUAUUUGAUGGCGGAGGCACCCUUGACGGUUCCGGGCAGGUUAAUUUCUCUGAUGAUCCUUCCAACAUUGGUGUAUACUCAUCUACCCUUAAUUCUAGAUUUGGUGGGACACUUUGUAGGUAUUCCUUCUUGGCUCUAUCCCUGCCAUUGCUCAAACGAACAAAACGGUUGAUCAGUGCUUCAAAUUCUUCGCUUUUGCGGCCCAUCACUCUUACCGUCUUCCAAGCCAAAAAUGUAUUGAUUGAAAACAUCAAUAUGAUUAACAGCCCUGAAUGGCAUAAUCUGGUCAAUGAAGGCCAGAACAUCUCAUACAACAAUAUUAAUAUCAACGCUGUUUCCAACUCAAGCCAUAAUGCAGCCAACACGGACGGAUGGAAUGUGUAUCGCAGCGACAACGUAGCCAUUCUUAAUUCUGUUAUUGUUAAUGGAGAUGAUUGUGUGGCCUUUAAACCAAAUGCUACUAAUGUACUCGUUGAAAACCUUGACUGCACUGGCUCACAGUCUCUUGGACAAUUUCCUGGAAUGUUUGACAUCGUGGAAAAUGUUUUGGCGAAGAAUAUUAAAAUGACGAAAGCACAAAAUGGUGCAAGGAUAAAAGCAUGGGCAGGUCCUAACGUUGGAAGCGGCAUCGUGAAAAACAUUACGUUUGAAAACUUCUUGGAAACUGCAGUUGACAAUCCCAUUAUUAUUGACCAGUGCUAUAUGACGAACGCCACCGCGUGUGCGCAAUUUCCAUCAAACACGUUUAUUCAGGACAUCUGGUUUACCAACAUAACUGGAACUGGAACCAAGAGCACUGUGGCUUCUCUCUCCUGUUCGCCUGAUGGUCGUUGUUCUGACAUCAAUUUGAACGAUAUCUCUCUUUCAUUUCCCUCAGGAACGACCUCGUUUUUUUGCCAAAAUGUAAACAUUACUGGCGAUGCCUCCGAUCUCUUCCCUAUCUGCAAAACGACUUAG